UAAAUAGCGGAGAGUGCUAAUAAAAUAAACAAUAACAAACAAAAAAUGAGAAUUUGUUGAGUUGAGUACUAAAUCGUCGAAUUCUGGAAUAAAAAAAUUAAAGUAGAAAUUAUUUUACUAAUUAUCACUUAUUCAUAGUUAGUGCUGAUUUUAUAAUCUCAUUCGAAACGUGAACAUUUUGCGGAAAUAAUGUAGUUUACACUACACACUCACCUCACUUACACUCGCUUACCUUCCUUACCUGUUGUGUGAAGUUUUAACUAAAUUAAUUAUUCAAUUAUUUUGGAAGUGAUUACUUUGGAAGUAAAUGUUUUAGAAGCUGCGGCCGUCAUUCGAACGCUUGGUCGGUCAAUUUUUGAUAGUUUAGAUUUGAAUUUGUGAUAUAUUGAGCAUCGUUGGCUUGGUUGGUUGAGUCCUGCUGAUGAAACGUCAAUAGCAUUUUCGGAAAACAAAGUGAAAGGGAGAGAGGCAUUAGAUUGGGUGAUUGAUACGCCUUCCCCACCACCAACAAAUAACCCGCAACAUACAAACAACAAAAUGAUUAGCUACCAGGAUUGUCAUUGGGGGAUUGAUGGUGAAACUGACGACAGGAAUGUCGGCAUAUAUAUUCUUCACCAGAUACUAAAAAAUGAGAAUGGUGAGUGUAUAAUAGAUGAGAAGCAGUGGGAAGACAUGUAUUUUUAUGUCAAUGGCAGGAGCCCGCCACCAUAUUCUCUCAUUCCCUACCUCAAUAGAUACCCGAACAUAUUCUCAUACAAGAUGCGUAAAUGUAAGUACGGAGAGGUGUUCUCCAUCAAGAGCAACAUACAGCUAACUCUCUGCAAGGACCAUUUGAGCAAAGGUGGUUGCCACAACGACAGAUGCAUGAAACUUCAUUGUUGCAAGUUUUUCCUCUAUGAUGUCUGCAAGUUUCCAAACAGCUGCUGCUACGGACAUGACCUCUCCUCAUCCAGGAACCAGAAGGUUCUUGAAAGCUACAUGUUGGUGAUGCGACCCAACUAUUUUGAGGACACAGUAUACGAUUGCUACGGCAACUUGUACAACCAGUUCAGCAUUUAUGACUUGAGGAACCUUUUGCGACAGGAGUACCCGAGAAUCUGCAAGUUCUACAACGGUGAGGCAGGCUGCAAGUAUGGAGUUGAUGGUACAAACUGCAUGGCACUGCACAUAUGCAUGAACUACAUAAUGGAGCAGAGAUGUUCAUCGGCAUCAUGUUGCCUCAAUCACGACCUUACUGCUUCUCAACCUUCCUUCAUAUUCUCCAACCUGGGGUACAUCAUAGAUGAGAGAAACUGUUCGUUCAUGAGGCAAGCUUUGCAGGAUGAACUCCGCUCACAAGAUGUUGACGACGUUAAUGAAAUUGAUGUGUAUCGCAACAACAAGCCACAGAACAAGACUUCAUCCCUUGCUGCUAUUCAAAAUUUGCAUAACAUCAACAACAGCAGCAGCAACUUAUUAAAUAAUUACAGCACUCUUCAGCACCUAUCAUUGAGGCAGCAAUUGCUAAUGAAGAAAAUACCUGAUCUUAUUGUUUGUAACUCAUACAAUUUUGAAAAGAUGGGUUGUCCUUACUCAGUUUCCUGUCCUCAUCUUCAUCUCUGCAGCCAUUUCGUCAUCGGCACAUGCAGUUACGGUGCCAACAAAUGUAGAAAAUCUCACAAGCUCAGAGAUUCAAAUGUUGUGGCCAUCUUGAAAAUUCAAAACAUCGAUGUGGAUAAGUUUGAAGAUGAUGAGGCUAUUCUGACUGAAAUUCGGAAAACUAUAAGGAAGAACAAAUACAAAAUAAAGGAGAACAUGUCUGCAUCAUCUAGUUCCUCACUGGAUAGAAUAAGCAAUGAGGAGAUGGAUAAUGAUGACCACGACACGACGAGUACCGGCCACAUCAAUGGUCACAACGGCAUGUUCAACAGAUCACAGGAAUCAAUCAAAACAACAAACAACCGCAACAACAUAGCAUCGCAUAAUGUUUACAACACAACUAAAUAUUCAGGGCAAAAAAAGGCAGCAUAUAUAACCAAUCAGAAGCAUCAUAAUCGUGCUGACAGCAAAAUUAACACUUUUGUUUUUGUUGAUCUGGAAGCAACAGGACUAACACAACCCAGGAUAACUGAAGUCAGUUUAGUAGCUGUGAACAGACUGUCAAUGGAAACUGCCAGACAGAUGCCUGUCUCUUUUGAAAGUCGUAGCAGUUACUUGCCCCGAGUCGUGAACAAACUGACACUCUGUGUUUCCCCUCUAAAGACUAUCGAACAAACUGCUUCUGAUAUGACAGGUCUGUCAAACAUGGAAUUGAGUCAUCAGAAGAACUUUGAUGAUGACCUGGUUGAAAUGUUGGUGAGGUUCAUUUCAAGAUUGGAACCACCGACCUGUCUCGUGGCUCACAGUGGCUUCAGGUUUGAUUUCCCACUUCUUCAAGCAGAGCUGAAAUCCGUGAAGAGACUUGGAGACCUGCCCAGCGAUUUGCUGUGCAUUGAUUCGUUGAUACUCUUCAGGUCGCUCGAUGAGACCAUAAGAAGGAAUGCUAUUUAUAGCAACCCAUCACCAAUCACUGUUAAUGGACACAAAAAUGAGGCCUGUCCUAAUGAAUCAGGGAAUAAUAUAAAAGAUGGACGAAGGAAUCAGACUCGAGAAAAUGGCAUGGAGGAGGAGCAUCGAACCGAUUGGUGGCACAUCCCUGAUGUUGAAGACAAAGGCAAAAACCGUACAGCAAUUUGCGCUGCACCUACUCCGUCAUCAAACAGCGAGGAAUUCAUCGAGCAGCCACCUUCAACAACUCCUAUGGACAUUCACAGCUUGACAGUUUCAACUCCUCCGCGAAACAAAAAGUCAUGCAAACCUCAGCAACGAACCGAUUGGUGGGGUGUCUCAGAAGAAGAGGACAACCUCUCCUCUGAUUUGACCGACGACGAUGAUGCCGGCCACCCUAAAUAUGAAGGAGACGACGAAGAUGAAGUCGUGACAACGAACGGCAAAAGCAACGCCUCCCAGUCCGACACCUCCACGCGACAGUCCGAUAACAACAGCAACACGACCAGAAACACGUACUGUCGGCUCAAUAAACUGCUCGAAUGGCGAGACGCCGUGCAUUAAUGGCGUGAAAACGAGUUACAAGUUGACCGAGAUCCAUAGGCGAGUGACUGGCAAACUUCCAGAAGAUUCGCACAGAGCUGAAGACGAUGCACUAGCGUUGAUCAGAUGCUUCACAUUUACACAGGGAUCAUUUGAAUGGGCGGAUGCUAACGCUGUUCUCUUUUCUGAAACAUCCCCCAUGUUAUUGCCAGAAAGACAACUAAAUAGAAAUGGCUUUCCAUACAUUUGAUUUUUUAAACUUAACUUUACUACCAUUGUAUUAUUAUUUUUUAACAAAUCAA